GCCGCCUGGGUAACUGUCCUGUUCUUGCCCCCACAGGGUCUGUAGAGGAGCAACAGCAAGGCUUCCAAAUGAACAACCGCAAGGAAGACAUGGAGAUUGCGUCCCACUACCGGCACCUGCUCCGGGAGCUCAACGAGCAGCGGCAGCACGGGGUCCUGUGCGACGUGUGCGUCGUGGUCGAGGGCAAGGUCUUCAAGGCGCAUAAGAAUGUCCUGCUCGGCAGCAGCCGCUACUUCAAGACGCUGUACUGCCAGGUGCAGAAGACGUCCGACCAGGCCACGGUCACGCACCUGGACAUCGUCACGGCGCAGGGCUUCAAGGCCAUCAUCGACUUCAUGUACUCUGCCCACCUGGCCCUCACCAGCCGGAACGUCAUCGAGGUGAUGUCCGCCGCCAGCUUCCUGCAGAUGACGGACAUUGUGCAGGCAUGCCACGACUUCAUCAAGGCCGCGCUGGACAUCAGCAUCAAGCCCGACGCCUCGGACGAGCUCUCCGAGUUCGAGAUCAGCGCCCCUCCCGGCAGCAGCACGGACGCGCUCAUCUCGGCGGUGAUGGCGGGGAGGAGCAUCUCCCCGUGGCUGGCCCGGCGCACGAGUCCCGCCAAUUCUUCCGGAGACUCGGCCAUCGCCAGCUGCCACGAAGGCGGCGGCGGCUACGGGAAGGAGGACCAGGACCCCAAGGCCGACGGCCCCGACGACAUUUCUUCGCAGUCGCUGUGGCCCGGGGACAUGGGCUACGGGUCUCUGCGGGUCAAGGAAGAGCAGAUCUCCCCGUCGCAUUACGGAGGGAGCGAGCUGCCUUCCUCCCGGGACGCGGCGAUGCAGAACGCUUUCUCGGAGCAGGCCGCCGGGGACGGCUGGCAGCCCACGGGUCGCAGGAAGAACCGGAAAAACAAGGAGACGGUCCGGCACAUCACACAGCAGGCGGAGGGCGACAGCCGGCCCGGCUCCCCGGCGGCCCCCUUCCUUCCGACGUCCGGGUGGCCGUUCAGCAGCCGCGACUCAAGCGCGGACCUGACCGUCACUGAGGCCAGCGGCUCUGACGGCCGCGGGGAGAGGGCUGAGCUCUUCGGCCACGUGGACGAAGGUCUCCUGGGCGGAGAGGCCAGCUACCUGGGCGCGCCCCUCACCCCCGAGAAGGACGAGGCGCUGCACCAGGCCACCGCGGUGGCCAACCUGCGGGCCGCACUCAUGAGCAAGAACAGCCUGCUGUCCCUCAAGGCGGACGUGCUGGGAGACGACAGCUCCCUGCUACUGGAGUACCUGCCCAAAGGCACCCACUCUCUGUCCCUCAACGAGUUCACGGUGAUCAGGAAGAAGUUCAAGUGCCCCUACUGCAGCUUCUCGGCCAUGCACCAGUGCAUCCUCAAGCGGCACAUGCGCUCCCACACGGGCGAGCGGCCCUACCCCUGCGAGAUCUGCGGCAAGAAGUUCACGCGGCGUGAGCACAUGAAGCGGCACACGCUGGUGAGUGCGCACACGGGAUCCCGGGUGGCGUCCUGGUCCGCACGGGCUCGGCCAGGGCACGCUCUGUGAUGGGCUGACGUGUGCGGGAAGGUGACACGGGGUGCCCAAGUGAUAGGGGCACCACCUUGAUGCCCACCCAGGGUCAGGGUCAGGGUACAGAGGGCAGGGGCCACAUCACCCCCAGCCCCAGCCCUCAGCCUGGCCUUGACAAGCGCUUCCUCCUGUGCCGGGACCCCCCCUGGCUUCGUGGGUCCCACCAUGAGGUCCUUCCCUGUGCCAUGGCUCUGAGUGGUGGAGAGACCCCAGCCUCUCUCCCCUGUGGCCUCCUAAGACGUCUGGCUACCUGUCUUGUGGGCACACAGCUGGUGGUUGCCAAGGAACAGGUGACAAAUGGAUGGUUUUGCUAGGCCAGGAAGUGACAAGAGAAGGUCGUCCUUGAAAUAGGAAGGCAGAUUCGCCAAAAGACAGGGCAAGGGACUCCUGUGGGUGAUGAGCUGUGGGGGCAGGGCUGGACCACGAGGGAGCCUGCUGCAUCCAGUUGUCCUUGGACACGGCUCGGGGUGGAGUUCAAGGCUGAAGGUGGGGCUGGCUGGAGCUUGCGGCCAUUAGAGUGUGAGGUGGGAGAUCCAGGCAGCCCUGGGCUGGCCCUGAGCCCCCAGCCUGUGCCAUGGGGGGCAGGGAGAGGGCAGUGGGGUGAUGUCAUGAGUCUGGGAAUCUCAGAGGUGUUGGGAGUCACCUGCAGGGUGCACAGACUUGGCUGGACCCCUGUGGCAUGCUGAUCUGAUGAUAUCAGGAGCAGACCCCCCCCCCGGGAGUUGUGGGAGGACUGUGCUGGCAGCGGUGAGGGUGACCUGGGUGUGCCCUAGCACAAGAGUUGCAGGUGGCUGGGGGAGGGCAAGGGGAGACCCUCAGGCCUGGCUGCUGGCGGGGUUAGCCGUGUGGAUGAGCGGGGUCUUCUGCUGUGCAUAUCCAUCUGUGGGGUGAGUGGGGGGCUCUGGCUCACUUUGGGGUCCCAACCAGAUUCACUCUCCUUGGACCCUCUGGCCCUCUGCAAGGGGCAUCCUUACCAGCCCAGUGGGGGGCACUUAUUUGGGUGUGAGGACAUCCCGGAGAAGCUUCCGGGAGGUCAGGCGGCAGAGCGGGAGGGGAGACAGCCCUGUGAGUGGGUGCGCCCGCCCAGCUGACCGAGGGCCGCCCCAGGCCCCGUCCCACGGUGUCCCUCCAAGUAGGGGGAGCAGACUGGGAAAGUGGCUGGGCCUGGAGGGCAGGUCUGGGGCCAGAGCUUCAGCUUGACUUGGCGGCGUGGACACCAGAACUGCCCUGUCUGCUUCUGCUCGCCCUGCGGGGUCCCCGCGGGGGGCACAGGGGUCAUGUGGGCAGCCUGUCUGCAGAGACAGGCGGACAUGCAGCUUCUGGUCAGGAGCUGAGCGCUGUCUCGUUGCACUGAAGGGCUGGAAAGUUGUUGCUGCCAGGUUUGUUUUUUUUUUUUUUUAGCGAGACCACGCUAUUGCUUCAGGAAGCAUCAAUCCCAUUUGAGGCUCCGUGUGUCGCUACCUUGAAUGGGCCAGAUUUCCGUCCUGGGUUUUUGCUUGGGCUGCAGGGAGGGUCAUAAACCCCUGAAAACGUACUUAACGUUUUGGGCUUGCCUUUUGCUGAGAAGAGGACCUGUAUCUUCCCCUUUAAUUUGUCAGGGGCCCCUGACCCCAAGGAGGCUGAACCCCUGCUGACUGCAGGUGGCACUAGGGACGCCACGUGCCACCUUGUCCUGCAGUGACCCUUCUGUGUAGACGCCGCCACCCACUCGUGACAGGGCUGGCGGCAGGCUGGCCAGGGGUCAUCUGGACGUGGGGUCUCAGGAGCUGCUCGCCACCGGUCGUGAGCCACGGGUUGCCAUGGCGCCCACAUCUCUCCCCUUUCCUUCUGUUUGUUUGUUAGGACAGGUGCCUGGCCAUCUGGUGCUGGCCCAGUGGCUCCCAGAGAUGCCUUUGUCACUGCCAGUGUCCUGGCCUAGCUCUCAGCGCCCCGCAUGGGAGCCCCAGGUCUGGAGGGGCCUCGUGGGCACUGCCCCCCGCUGCCUGGCCCGCUCUUCGAACAGUUUUGGUUGCGAGAGGGUUGAGCAAGCCUGGGUUUAAAAUACAACAGAGAAGGUGCAGGAGGGCCCUGGGGACCAAGUCGUUCCAUGCUCCAUUUCUAGAAUCAGAGCACAUGGGCCCGCCUCCCCUGUGCCUGUGGACACUGUGGUUUUUGUGGUUGGGAUUUGUGGACAGGGGUGUUGAGGGGGUGCACUGUUCAUGUCAGUCUGUGGAGCCCUCAGCCCAGGACACGUGAGGGGUCCCUUCAGAGGGUGCGGCCCCGAGACAGUGACCCGCCAGUCGGGGCGUUCCAGGUACGGAGGAAGGACACGGCUUAGCAAACCUUUUCCACCACGACACCACUGGUUGUUUUUACUGCAAUAACCGUAUUUACUUGAGUGUUCUAGAACACUAGAAAAUUCAAAAAAAUAUGAGGAAUUAAAAUUGCAUUCUCCCCCCCCACCUGGCACUGACUGCCUGUCACCCCCCCCACUGACCGUCCAUCCCCUCGUGCACUGACCACCCCCUUGCACUGACUGCCCCUCACCCUCAUCCCCUGCAUGGACCGUCCCCCCAUUGACCGGCCCCCCACAUGGACCGCCCCUCACUGACCACCCCCCAUGGACCGCC